AUGUGGAUCAUGUGUGGCAAACCGCUCGUCCUACUUGUGCUGCACACGUGGAAUGACGCGACUCGACUGACGAAGUACUCGCGCAAGAAUGAUCCUUCCGCUGAGGCCCCCUUUCGCCGGCGCUCCAAGAUUUGCUCUGAUCAAGGCACUGACUUUCAUGUCAAAAUGUGCUAAAAAGACCAUCUACGAUAUUAUUAUAGGGAAAGAGGCCACAGUACCGCUGGGAACUUACCAUCCCAUUCUGGCCGGUACCCGUGACGGCAUAUUCCCCCAGAUCAAAUGUAUUGUCAACUUGUCCAACUAGCUCACCGUAUCACGGUUCUCCCGUUUUGACGCAUGAUGGCGAGUUACACAUGCUCGGAUCUGAAAUCACAAAAAGAGGAAUGGACUGCGGGGUGCCUCAAUGUCAGCUGCUAAAUUUUAUCCGGCCCGCAAGGAAAUGCGCGCAUAUAACCCUCACCUGUAGCUUGUCUGAACGACUAUCCGUGACCUUUCUCUCUUUGACCAUCUCACUCUCGAGAUUGAUCAUGGGUGGUGUUACUACUGUCAACGGUCAAGAUGCUUCAUUCGCGCAUCUCAUUGAUGGGAGGAGGAAGUGGUACAACAACAGGCGACUCAUCGCUCUCAACGCCUGGAUUGUGCUCCUUCUUAUCACUUCCUCGACAAAUGGGUACGACGGCAGUAUGAUGAAUGGAUUGCAGUCUCUUCCUCAGUGGGAGAACGCCUUUAACAAUCCAUCUGGCGGUAAACUCGGUCUCUUGAAUGCCAUUCAGAAUAUUGGUUCCCUAGCAGGCUACCCAUUUGCCCCUUACAUGUCUGACGGCAUAGGACGCCGCAAGACAGUCUUCUUCGGUGCAACAAUCAUGUGCGCAGCUACUGCCAUACAGACAGCCUCUCAGUCCGUGGGCAUGUUCAUUGGUGCUCGAUUCCUUAUUGGUUUUGGCCUUACUUUCGCCGCUAAUUCCGCACCAAUGUUGGUCACUGAGAUUUCGUAUCCCACGUACCGUGCUCCCCUGACCUCGCUUUACAAUUCCCUUUGGUAUUCUGGAUCUAUCAUUGCUGCCUGGACGACUUAUGGCACUUUCAAGAUUAAUAGUACAUGGGCUUGGCGUCUGCCUUCUCUCCUUCAGGGCAUCCCGUCCAUCUUGCAGUUCGCUCUUGUCCUAUUUGCACCCGAGUCACCCCGUUGGUUAAUUAGAAAGGGUCGUGAGGCUGAGGCUCUCAAGACCCUCGCCUAUUACCAUGCUGAUGGAAAUGAACAAGAUCCUUUGGUUAUGUACGAAUUCGAAGAGAUCAAGGCCGCCAUUGAAUAUGACCGUACUGUUGCCUCCAAUGUCGGUUGGAAAUCACUUAUCGCCACUCCUGGCAACAGGAAGCGCAUGCGCAUUAUCGUCGCUCUUGCCUUCUUUUCUCAGUGGUCUGGGAAUGGUCUUGUUUCAUACUACCUCACCAAGGUCUUCGACCAGAUCGGUAUCACCGGCUCAGGCACCCAGUUGCUAAUCAAUGGUAUCUUGCAAAUAUGGAACCUGGCAUGGGCCGUCUUCGCUGCUUUCAUGGUCAAUAGACUCGGGCGUCGCUUCUUGUUCUUGGUUUCGGCAGCUCUGAUGACGCUCUUCUACAUGGCACAAGCUAUCUGCUUCGCCGAGUACGCUGAGCACGGUCACGCCGCUGCAGGUCACGCUGUCAUCGCCUUCAUCUUCCUCUUCUAUGCAGCAUACGAUGUAGCGUUUACCCCUCUCAUUGUCUCCUACACCGUGGAAAUUUUGCCUUACAACAUUCGCGCCAAGGGCUUCAACGUUUUUAACUUUGUUAUUUCUGUCACGCUUAUUUUUAAUCAAUAUGUGAACCCAAUCGCAUUGGACGCCUUGUCGUGGAAGUACUAUAUCGUUUACGUCUGCUGGCUCGCAGUCGAAUUCGUCUUCCUGUAUUUCUUCCUCGUCGAGACUAAGAACAGGACUCUUGAAGAAACUGCAGCCCUCUUCGAUGGUGAUGAUGCAAUGGAACAGAUCGCCCACAAGGCGGAGGGUGCUCACGAUGUGUACGAAGACACUUCAUUGGAGAAAAGAUCUUUCGGCGCGGACAACGAGGUGUCCACAGCUUGAUUUCUUCUACGGGUAUCCCACCGCGCAUCUCAUAUUAUGCUAUCCCGAGGGUUUGAGGGUGUGAGGGGGGUUAAAUUCAUUACGCACGAUCACAAGGCAGAUACAUCACGCUGAUGCUCUUUUAAGCAUGUACGAUAUAUAUAACGAAAAUCAUUUCUGAACUGACU